AUGGAACUGGAACACUUCGACAUCGGUAUAAACCGAGUGGAACAGAGAGACGAAAAGGUCUACUACGUCAUCCUAAUUCAGUACAAAGAUCUCAAGUACGAAACGAGUAGGAGGUAUAGCGAGUUUGAAGAGCUACACUGGGAGUUACUCCACAUGGGUUUUUCAGCCCUACCAAAGUUACCCAAGAAAAAAUUAAUGGCCUACAAAAACGCAGAAUAUAUAAACUACAGAAAGAAGGUACUAAAUUCGUAUAUUCACAAUUUAUUUAUCCGAGCAGACGUGAGAUGUUGUGCUUUGUUUCUGAAUUUUAUUUUAUUUUACGACAAAAUUAAUUUAUCCGUGGAGGUUGUAAAAACCAAGCUGCUAAACAGCAUAGGAUCACAAAAAUUUUCCAUGAGUGAUUUGUACAUCAAUGAAAAAUACAAUUUUAUUAUUUGUGUGUAUGAGGAUAAAAGCAAUUUGAGCAAGUUGGGAAAAUUAUGGUCUAUUAUUGAGCCAGACAUAGUUGGGGAAAUAAAAGUCUUCACAUAUAAUAACGAUUUGACAUCCACAUUUUGUGAAACGUAUAAAGAACAAACCGUUUAUAAAGCUCGAAAUAUUGUGUGUGCAGAAUCUAAAAGUGAAGUGAUUAUAUCAGGGGAUGAUGGAAAAAUCCACGUUUAUAAAAUUGACAUGCAAUUGCUAACCCUAACUUAUGUAAAGAAUAUUCCUUGCCAUAAUGAUACCAUUUUAAAAAUGAUGAAUUUCAAUGCCGACUUAUUUUGUACCUGUGGUUAUGAUAACGCAUUCAGAUUGUUUCGAUUUAGUGAUUAUAAAAUCCUGAGUGGGGGACGAUGUAAUAAACGUUUAGACAAGGAUAAAAUUACUACAUGUCAUCUGCUCAAUUAUAACAAUAUCGUCCUUGGAACUGAUUGUUCCGUUUUUUUUAUUUACAAUAUGAUGACCAAUCCUCCCCUCUACCUAGAUACCAAAAAACUCAAAAAUGGAGAAAAAAUUAACUGCUUCGCCAACACGGAUAAGUACCUAUUUGUAGGUUACGACAACAUCAUUGCGUGUUAUAAUUACCAUUAUAGUAGUGAAGCAAAAAAUGGGAGGGGGUUAACUUUAAGUGAGACCUUCUCAGAAUGUGUGGCUAAUCAGGACACGCCUGGCGGUAGCCACAUAGAUGCGCAAACAAACGAAAAGCAACCGCUCAUCACCAAACUGAUAGUAGACAAUAACAUGUCGGCGCAGUAUGUCCCACCGUUGCUCUACGACAAUACUGUCCUGUCCCUAAGUGUUAACAAAGAGAAAAAAGUACUCUACGCAGGAUAUGAAGAUGCAAUUGUUAUUUGGUCCAUAACGAGUGGUCUGAUCGUUUCGGCCUUCCAUGGGCAUACAAACGGGGUGCACUUUUUAAAUUUUUUGAGUAGCUCAGGUUUUUUACUCUCAGGGGGAGAUGGGGGGAAUUUAAAAGUAUGGAAAAAUGACAUAGAUAAUUUUCAAAUAUGGAAACCAAAGAGGAGGAGUUACAAAGCCAACGAAUCGACAGGGAUCUCCCCCCAAGCAGUGUACGCAGAAUCAUCGGCCUACAAAAAUAGUCAGAAUAACAAUUUCACUUUUAACGAGAGCGAAGAUGGUGACGACCCUGAUAACAGAAGCAAUGCGCAAAGCGACUCCAUGUCUAUUGAUCACUUGUUGGGAGAAACGAACAAGAAAUACGACUACCAAGUGUAUGAUACAUCUAACUACAAGAAAGACCUAAUUAAUUACAACGCAUCGACAAAUAUAAACAGUGUUAACUCCUCCAGGAGUAACCUUUUUUACGAUAAAAGUGUGAGUAAUGCGCCGCAGGAGUUUCUCUCCGAUGCGAGCAACCUGGAUGUGUGUAUACUUACAAGCAGGGAAGACAAAGGCCGAAGUGGUAGCUACGACUGUAACGUUGAUGCAAGUGUUAGCAAAGCGGAUAACUCCUUUCACGCACCACUUUAUGCCAAGGAUUUUCAACAGAAUCAUGCGGAUUAUUUCGUAUCAAACGAGGAUGCAAAGUUUGAUCAUGGUGGGAAAAAUGAGGAGCGUUAUCAGCAUGAUCAGUAUAACCUGCGUGGUCACAAUGAUUACGGCGUGCCUCCCAUUGCACGACAUGGAUAUGAAGACUACUACGAGAAGGGGGGGUCCCACGGAAAGACACAACACGAUGAUGGCCAGUAUAGCGGCGGUCAGCAUAGCGGUGGUCAGCAUAGCCAUGGUCAGCAUAGCGGUGGUCAGCAUAGCCAUGGUCAGCAUAGCGGUGGUCAGUAUAGCCAUGGUCAGCAUAGCGUUGCUCACCAGAUGGACAUGUAUGGAGCAAAUUACAACAGCGCCACUGCCCCUCAGGCGCAGCACAACUCCGACGAGGGGGUACCGAAUUCAAUCGAUAUGAAGCACAAUAAUGAGGAUGACCAGUUCAGUAGCUUAAAGAGGGACAUCGUUUACGUCAGUGACGAGGACGAUGAUUUGAUUUCAGCCUUUAGAUCAAAAAAGGCAACUUUCAAAAAUGAAUAUAUUUUUUACAAAAUUUUACUGAAAUCAAGUUUUUGGAGAAAAAAAAUUACAAAAACAUAG